CAAAGAAAAGUGCCAAGAAAGCAGGGCAAGAGAAGAAAAGGAAAUCUCAAGAUGAUUCUAUUUCAGAUGAUUUGAGUCUGUCGGCUUACAAGAAGAAAGAAAAGCGGCUGUACAAGCAGAAACAUUAUCAAAAAUGGAAAUAGCUACAGAUGAGGGCGGUGAGGAAGAGGAGGAUGGAGACUUCAAUCCAGUCGAAGAGAAUGACAGCGAUGACGACGAGGAAGAUGAAGAGGAGUAUGAGGAAGAUGAAGAAGAAGUUGAAGAGGAGAAGCCCAAAUCCUCUCCAAAGAAGAAAGCUCAGACUCCUAAAGGCAAAGCUGAGAAGUCACCUGCCGCCAGCCCUCAAAAGGUUAUCAAGAAGACAGAGGAUGCCGAUUCAGAAGCUCAGGAAAAGACAGAAUCUCCUCUCAAGAAGAAAAAGAAGAAGAAGAAGCAGCAGGUAAAGCAGGAUGAGGAAACCAAAGAAGGAGAGCUGCCUUUGAAGAAUCUCAAAACAAAUAACAAAGAGAAUAUUGUUCAACAAAAGGAAAAACCUGCGAAGAAGGCACAAACUCCAGCCAAACCAAAAAAAAUAAAAUUACAAACAGGAACAACGAUUGAAGAUCUAAAAGUUGGAGAGGGCAAGUUGGCCAAGCCAGGCAAAAAGGUGUUCAUGUACUAUCGCGGAGUACUAGCUAACAACCAGAAGGAGUUUGAUUCUCAGUUGUCAGGGAAACCAUUCAUGUUCGGUCUCGGCAAGGGAGAAGUUAUCCAAGGAUGGGAUGCUGGUAUUAUAGGAAUGAAAGUAGGAGGCAAGCGCAGGUUAACUGUUCCACCAUCACAAGGGUAUGGAUCACAGAGAACGGGCCCCAUCCCUCCAAACAGCACCCUGAUCUUUGAUGUGGAGCUGAAGUCGGUCAGAUAACUUGGAGAGAUUUCCAUACAAGCAGGACAAGUUGGAUAUAGUAGGCCAUUUGCCUAACAAGUGGGGCAAGUCCUAAAGGUAGCACAACUUGCUGACAAUCAGGACAUGUGAGAUAAUUUGGACAACUUGCCCAACUGGCAGGACAAGUCAGCUAACUUAGACAACUUUCCCGAGGUGCAGGACAAGUGAGAUAAUUUGAGAACUUUCCCUACAAGAGGGACAAGUUUGGCAGUGUGGAGGGUUCGCCAUACAAAUGAGACAAGGCAGAUUAUGCGUGAGAGGUGGACUAGUCUGAAAGUAGACACAUUCCUGAGUUUUUGAUGGAGCUUGUUGCGAUGACAUUGGGCAUCGCGAAGUGGAGUCUUGAUAUGCGCAACCAUACCUUGCCAGAGUUGGGCUUCCAUUUUAGGGAGGUGUUGCGGCAGAUUGGACGAAAGCCUGUGUGUCAGGGUUGUACUCUUGGAGGAGAAAAUAUUUAUAUAGAUGUAUCCAAGAGUUACCAACUUUAAGUAACAGAUAUUUUUCAUCAAACUAUCAAUUUUCUAGCAGAUUUCCAUUAAAAAUAUAUGCUGUUGAAUCCUCAGUAAUCAUGAAUGUUUCAAACUUUUUUACUCUGUGUGUUUGCAAGUGUAAAUCCAUGAAGUUCAUGAAACCUCAGUUUUGUAAUUUUGCAUAUAUAUGUUUAGAUAGUCAAGUGGGUCUGUCAACCAAAUGAACACCUGAAUUUCACUUAUCCCAAUUUAUAAAAGUUACUGUUUAGCAUUAAAGGGAUUGGGUAUCUUUGUCUCAGAUUCUGAAACAAAAUCCUGGAUUUAGCUCUUGCUGCAAUGAUAAUUAUAAACCUUUAGGUCGGUCAGGAACCCAAUGACUUUUACAAGCCGAUCGCCUGUCUGAUUAUCAAGAUAUUUAUGAUUGGAAAUCGAAAUUUCAAAAACCAUUUUUAUAAGACUACAGUCUAUUGGGGAAAAUGAGUACUGGUAUGGAAAAACCUGUCACUUGAUUUUAUUUUUUGAGGCACUUCAUGAUCAUUUUGAAGCGCAUUUUUUAGGGCUUCAAUAUAACACCUCAUCACAGACACUGAUAAUACGUAGGGCCAUGCAUCUCAGAUUUAACAUUGUUAAACGAUGCAUUUAAAUAUUAUACAAGUAUCGCAUGCUCCUGCAUUCAAUAUAAUCACAUAAUGAAUCAACAAA